UUUAGCAUAAUUAUGCGAACAAAUCGCUUUUUAUGUUUCGAGAAAAAGCCAGAGCAGGUCAAAAAGAAGGCGGGAGAAGAACUUCAGAAAUACCAGAAGAUGGGAGGUCAAAUUUCAACCAGAUAUUGCCAGAUCGAGAGCUUUGAAGCUGAUUCAGAGAUCACGAAAUGCAAGCAUCCACGAACUGAAAAGAUAACAAGUGCAAAGCCCGAGGCUGUGGUGCUCAAGCGAAGAAGGGCUUUCAGUGAAUGUGAGAAUUCAUCAGCUGAGAAGCAGCGUUUGUGCAAGAAACUGAAGGUUAAACAGCUUUACACAGAAUAUUGCGGACGGAAUUCAUUUAUGGCAGCCUUUUUCAGACUACUAGAUGAUGAUGUCAUUCAAGAUUUUUUAUGGAUGGACAGUUGCGCAAUAAUAUCAGACAAGUAUCUUCUGGCAAUGGUUUACACCUACUUCAGGAGAGCAGAACUUGCUCGUCGAGAAUUUAACAGAAUGAAUUUCUUCAUAGCUCUAUACUUAGCAAAUGAUAUGGAAGAGGACGAAGAGGAAGAAAAGUACGACAUAUUCCCGUGGGCUCUGGGAAAAAACUGGCGAGAUAUGUACCCUAGCUUCCUUCAAAAGAGGGAUAUGUUUUGGAAAAAGAUUGGAUAUCGUGCUCUAGUCAGUAGAUUAACCUGUGAUGAGAUCAUGUCCAUAGUGUCUGAUCACCCUAUUUGGCAACGUAAAAGACGAAAUCAUCAUGGUGGAGCAUGGAGAGAUUACAUGAAGGACGCAAGUAACGAGUGAAAAAGUCCGAGGGGUCCUGGAACUGCUCCUUUUCAAUGUUCUAAAUGCCAUGACCCAAGCAGGGGAAAUUCACCCAUGAUGACUUCUGACUAUUACAGUUGUUCGUCGCAAUCUUCACCGGAAGACGAGACUUCGAAUUCAAGUUUCGACAUGCAAGAUUUGAAGAGUGUACUACAAAAGGGCAACAGCAAAAGGCGCUGUUGUGAAGAACGAAAUAAAUGUGGCAAGGCAACUGCUGGAUACGAGUUGCAGUAAAGGCCUUGGACUGUCUCCAUUUCUUUUAAGCUGGUUUUAUCUCAUCCGUGCAGAGUUGUUGCACUGGCUGGCAUUUGUGUCAAUUAAUUGCUAUGUAUGGUACAUUCCAAAGUGGGAAAACAAACAAGUCGGCCGUGCGACCUUUUUCUCAAAUCAAAAUGCCGAGGCCUGGUUGCGAAUUUUCAAUUCAUAAGAAAUAAUGCAUCGUAAUGGGGAACGUGAUUUGAAAUAUUACGCUACGCGCUAAAUAUCAUAUAGUGAAAUUGGUUUUUCAUACUGAGACAAACCAUGCAGGAAUGUGUAAAUAAAAAAAUAAAUCGGAAUUUUUGUAUAGGGAAAAUGGUUAUGCCAAUUCAUACAAUUUGUAUGCCUUUCAUAUUUUACACAUAAUUGUCUCUGACUACUUACUGAUAUACUUUUAAAUAUUACAAUUCAUA